AUGUGGAACACAGGAAAUGUCACAGAACAAGAGUGUUUUGACCAGAUACUGGCUGAUUCGAUGAAAAAUGCAGCAACCCUGGCUGUAAAUGCUACGUUAGGUUUAAAAAACUUUGCGACCAGAGAGGCGAAUAUUUCAGGGUUUCAAACACUGUACAGCCUUGUGCAGUGUACUCCUGACCUGCAAAGCUCGGAUUGUAAUACAUGUCUGCGAGGAAAUAUAGCGGCUCUGCCCAAUUGUUGCAGUGAAAAGCAAGGGGGCAGAGUGCUGAAUUCUAGCUGCAACAUUAGAUAUGAAGUUUACCCGUUCUAUAAUCAAGCUGCAGUUUCAGUUCCGUCACCUCCGUCUGUGAUCCUUCUCCAGCAGGUCCAGGAAAAAGCCGAAAGUCGUGAAUGUGACAUUUGCAAUUUUGAUUUUACAGCAGGAAAUGAUAUAACCACAAUAGAGUCACUGCAGUAUGAUUUUAGCAUGAUACAAGUUGCCACAAACAAAUUCUCAGAUAGGAACAAGCUAGGAGAAGGUGGUUUUGGUGAAGUUUACAAGGGUACCCUUCCUUUCGGACAAGAAGUUGCUGUGAAGAGGUUAUCGAGAAGUUCAGGGCAAGGUGCUGAGGAAUUUAAAAAUGAGGCUGGAUUGGUUGCCAAGCUUCAACAGAGAAAUCUAGUGAGGCUACUCGGAUUUUGCAUGGAAGGAGAAGAAAAGAUACUCUUGUAUGAAUUUAUGCCCAAUAAAAGUCUUGACUAUUUUCUUUUUGAUCCUGCAAAACAAGGACAAUUGGAUUGGUCAAGACGGUACAAGAUCAUAGGAGGGAUUGCUCAAGGAAUGCUUUAUCUGCACGAGGAUUCUCGGCUUAGAAUCAUACACCAUGAUCUCAAGGCAUGGCAAGGAAUUUUGGUGUUGAUCAAACUCAAGGAACCACCAGAAGAGUUGUUGGUACCUAGUUUGGAAACAUUGGAAGGAUGGGACACCAUUGGAAUUGUUGAAUCCUAUUCUGAGGGAUACUUUAGAAAUGUAGUCAUUAGAUGCAUCCAAAUUGGGUUAUUAUGUGUUCAGGAAGAUCCAGUUGACAGGCCUACGAUGACUACCAUUGUUCUCAUGCUUAACAGUUACUCUGUCACACUAUCAUUGCCUAACCAACCGGCGUUUUUCCUUCACAACGGAACAGAGGGAAGAGCAUUUUACCUGCUCUUCUUUCUUUCUUCUCCGUUCCUUGUAAUCUCACAAAACAUGUCCGAAAUGCAGCCGACUUAUCUCUCUGCAAGUUACCGGGGAAGAUCUAAUUAUAAUCGUUCCAGCCAGUUCGAUAACAACCUUCAGCGCCUUCUCAGCGGGAUGCUUUAUGGCCAAGGAAGUAUUUAUGGUUUCUUUAACGAUACGGUCGGGGAUAAUCCAGGCAAGAUUUAUGGCCUUUUCCUCCGUAGAGGUGAUGUUGAACCCCGAUAUCUGCCUACGGUGCAUUAA